CUGCCUAGCUGCCUACUAGAUGCUCGCCUACUUCAACAGUGCCCGCAAGGGGCCCGCUAUCUCCGUCUCAUCCGGCCCCGCAUAGGGCCCAUAAAACCUGACGCCACGGAACGGCACACACACAGCAGUGUGAGAAUGUGUCAUGGAUGCAGCUGCUGUGCUGACCAUUUCUUGAACUCCUCGAUGGUGAGCUUCCCGUCACGAUUGACGCCUGCCCGCCUGAAGGCAUCCUCUGUCGUCUCACGCGCGAGAUCGUCGGCCUGCCGUGAAUCCAUCCAUCCAUCCAUCCAUCCACAUCAGCGUGACUGCACACAUUUUUUGUACCGAUUGGACGUUUUGCAGCUGAGCGUGUGACUCGAUGACCCUCUUGACGCUCGGCGUCAGCACCACCCGAAAGACUGCAGCAAGCGCACCAAGGCAGGCAGUCAGGCAAUGUGUGUGUGAUGGUCAUGCACUUGCCUGAUGCGAGGAAUCUGUGCAUCUCGUCGAAUGAGAUGCUGCCGUCUUUAUUGGCGUCGAACGCAUCAAACACCGCUGAAUGGAACACAUGCGACGUCUGCCUGUCUGGCUGUCUGAUUGUUAUUCGUCCGAGCCAUUCACGGCCUACCGUGCAGCUUAUCGUGGUCGUCCCCCUGUGCCAUGAGCGCCACGCCGCACACAAUCUCCAUCAUAUCCACCACGCCGUUCCCGUCCUUGUCGAACAAACCGAACAGACCUGCAGUGCACACGCGAAGCACCAGUCGCACCACAAUGAUGCGUCCAGCAGCGCACCUUUGACGAUCUUCUCGGAGGGCGGCUUGGCGUGCUCGGAACUUGUGUGCUGUGACAGCAGCUCCAAAUAAGCACUUCUGAAAGCGUCCUCCGUCAGCCGUCCGCCUGCUGCCUCAGCUGCCGAUUGCAACGCCCGAGUGGCUGCCUGCAGCACACACAAUGACAAUGCCGGCAAUGUGACGAGGUGCUUUCCGUUAAGCCCAAUGUAUCUUGUGCGUCUUGUGCUCGCUCACGCACGCGAACGGGAAUUUGGUCCAGUCGUGAUCUCCCUCUGAUGUUCUUAACCCUCGAGAGCACCCUGUCCUCCUUCCCCUCCGCGUCAGGCUGUUGCUCUGGGUCAAUCUGGACGAGUGAUGCAUCGUCAGAUCUGCCGCCGCCGCCGUAAAAUGGGUCCGAUGAGUCGACAGCUUCCAUCGGAAUCUCACUCAUGGUUGGUUCAGUCGCCAUGAUUUGUGAGAUCUGCGGGAUGCAGCAGCGGUUUCAAUC